UCACAUUAAAGGCUGAUGCAAGUGUGGUUCUAGGAUGUUCUGCAGUCACUGAAAUGUUGCAGCUCGUCAGUACGAUUACAUCAGUUAGAAAAAACGUACGGAGUUUACAUUCUAUCCUUCGGUGUUAUGUAUUGGAUCAGUCGGCGUCCGGCACUCGGUGGUUCCAGAAGUUGGACAAACGAUAGAUAGGGGUGGUGAAAUUCUAAAGCAAGUGACAAUAGUAAAUCCAUUCCAUAUUUUAUGGCUGAUUAUGAGCGUACUGAAAAGUGUUAUCAUCACGUUGCCUAAAGGCCUGCCGUCGAAGACGCCUGGCGUUAUAUCGGCAACGGAAUUAACAAAAUCUGUGCAGAAAUUAAAUUUUUCCGCUACCUUAUUGACCGAUAAAACGAGAAUGGAUCCAAAGAAAAUGACUAAGCACGAGGAAAUUCAGGAUGACGGUUCAUCGUUCAAAACAGAUGUAUGCGUUCGUGGAAAAAAACGGCGGCUAGAUCACUUGACAUGGGAGGAAAAACUACAGAGAAAGAAAUUAAAAAAUAGGGUAGCAGCUCAAACUUCUCGGGACCGUAAAAAAGCGAAACUUGACGAAUUGGAAGAAACUGUUCGAACUUUAAGGGAACAAAAUGAACUGUUGACGCAAGAAUGUUCGAUGUUAAGAUCGCAAAACGAAAUAUUAGUCACAGAAACGAAAAGAUUGAGGAAGGAAAGAGAGACCAAGAACGCGGGAGAAUUUGUUUGUUCCAUGUGCCAGAAUCGUGUCGGCUGUGCUGUGUCCUCGCUGGGAUCUACAGUAUCCCCCACUCACCCUCUGCAGCAGGGUGGAACAACACAGCUGGCACCGUCGCUGACGCUAACCCCAGGAGCAACAAUUCUCCUGAAGAUACUGACCAUUUACCUCCUCUUGAAGAAUUAUUUGGCGACUUCCAAGGAGACGAUUACAUCGAACGACUUGAAGAACUUGCAGAAAGCCUUCUACGGGAGGUUACAGCAGAAGUGGAAGCAAAUCCUCAUAGGACAAAUGAACAAGUGCCAGUUAAGGAAAAUACCACUGAGAAAUGUCACUAUUCAAAAAGAAUGGUGGGGCAGACAUCAAAAGAUGUGGAAACCAAUGGAACCUGUAGAAGCAUGAAUACACAUCAACCAUGGCAUUCUGUUUCUAGCACAGCCAGUACACCUUAUACCACAAACACAACCGCACCAGCGUCAAUAAAGUCAGAGGUCGAAGUAAAACAAGAAGUCGAAACGCAGGAGUUAGACACUAUUUAUGGUACCUACGAUGAGGCAACCAAUUCCGUAAUGAUCAUUUAUCCAGGAGACGAAAGCAACGUAAGCAUUCAAGAAUGCGUUCAAGAAGUAGUUACAGAUGGUAUUUGUACGGAUGGUGUUUGUUCGAACGAAGAUUCAACGUGCAUAACACCGAAUUAUUAUUCCAAUCAGUUAUCACCAUGUUACACAAAUACGGAUUCUAUGUCGCCGGCGAGUAUACAUUCCGAAGAUGUGGAUGUUAGUUA